AUGCCAAGACAACCCAAGAUCGUUGAAGAACCUCCGAACGUGGAAAAUACCAUCCCACUCGCUGCAUACAGAGCACAGUAUCCAGAAAGAUUCUCACUUCUAGACGAUGACAAAUUUGUUCUUCACGGCGGAGGUACUCACUAUAUAGUGGAUGUGGCGCCCGUGUCGCCUCCUCUGGUUGUUGAAAUAGACUCUAGGAUCCAAAACUUGUCGGGGAGUUCGGUUUCCGUUUAUGUUCUCAACCAGUGUCUCGUGAUAUGGAUGAACAACCACAAUAUAGGCAUCGACAUCCCAUAUACACUGAUAGCGCUCCAUGCGCUCAAGGAAGUCGACACUCAUCCAGUUCUCUACUUACAAUUGGUCUCAUGUGAACUUUUUAAGUAUUAUUCUCCGCAAGCUGACGAGUAUACCCAGACUGUGGAGCUAGUAAUCUAUGAUGGAGGUAACGGCGAGGAUCUUGGGCUCUUCAGCGAGAAUUCCAACAUCCAGCAGCUCUACAAUGCAUUGUCAACGUGUUCAGCCCUCCAUUUUGACUCUGAGUCUGACUCGGAAGGAGAAGAUGAGACUUUUGGAAGCGGAUGGAUUACAGCUGAAAACCUCAAGCAUCAACCUCAGUUGGAAAUUCCAGCUGGAUGGGUCAAUAGCGGUGAUGCAGACGAUCUCGAGGAUUUGCAACACGCAGACGAAGAGGAAGUAGAGCAAGAAGAUGAAGUAGAGGAGGCAGGCAUGAAUGUGAUGGUGGUCAGUGGACAAAUUGCUGGUGUAGCACGGAGAAGAAACUCCGGAUCCAAGAGUCUGAAGAUGAGGCGAGUGCAGUGA